CUUGUGGUAUAGUUUCUUUUCGACAAGUCCGACACUACUUGAUCCGUCAUAUUUGACACGGAAUAAAUAAGUUUCAAGUGCUUCUGGAUUUAUUAACCUAGAAUUGUCAUUAUUUCAACAUGUCCGAGUACGAUAAAGUUCGGAUUGGUAAACUUGUAUUGAAAGGCGAAAAACCCAAAUCAAAAAAGCGGAAACACAAGAAGCAACAUAACAAAGACAAAGCAGAGAGUGUGCAAGAUGAGGAUUCUAUUCUUCAUGGGGGCUGGUGGAAAGCGACCUCGAUUGCAGAGAUAACUGGAACAGUUGCAAUCGAAUUUGGGAAUUCAUGCUAUGUCAAAGCUCUGGACAAUGGAUUGUUCACACUGGGUGCUCCUCAUGAUGAGAAGGAAGGUCCGUCACCAGAAGAAAUCCUUACCGCAUUUCCAGUCAACGAUACAAAAAUUGCAUUGAAGUCUGGUUACGGAAAAUACAUUGGCGUUGAUAAAAAAGGAGUUGUCAUCGGUAGAAGUGAUGCAGUUGGAGCCAUGGAGCAAUGGGAGCCUAUAUUUGAAGAUGGGAAACUGGCUUUACUGAGUAAUACAGGGUGUUUCAUGUCUGUCGCAGACGACGAUGAUAUAACUUGUGAAAGAACAAAAGCUGGUCCAUCAGAAAUAUUGACAAUACGAAGCCUGACGCAAAAAAUACAGGAUUCAAGCAAAAAUGUACCUACCGAAGAGCAAGGAUCCCUUGCCGAAGUCGAAAUCAAUUAUGUGAGAAAGUUCCAAAAGUUUCAGGAUAAAAAGCUUAGAAUCAAUGUCGAAAGUCGUGCGGAAUUGGAGCAAGCUAAAAAUGAGGGGAACCUUCACGAAGCGCUGUUGGAUCGAAGGAGUAAAAUGAAGGCUGAUCGAUACUGUAAAUAAUUAACAGUAUAACAGCUUUUAUCGUGUAUAAUUCUUACCAAAUAAUAUAAACUACGUUAUCGUGAAUAUGUUGAAAAAAAAAAAUCGGACAAUUACUCAUACUUGAAAAAAUUGUUGAAUUUAAUACAUAUUUAUUUGAAUUUCAACUUAACCAGUAUCGCCCACUUCUCGCUAAGGUAUCGGUUGAAGCAAAUGAAUAAUAGAUUACGUUUGUUGUUUUUUUCGGGAACGAAACAAUGUGAUCUAUAAAUUAAUCAAGUACGACCGGUGUUAAAUUUUUAUUGCAUAAUCCGGUCUUAUCGACAAAAGUUUGUUCACUCGAAGUAGAGAAAAUAAAAAUUGUAAAUCUGUUGAAAAAACAAACGAUUUUAUUUCAAUAUAGCUUGUACGUAUUAUCCGUAUACAUUCUUUCGUCGGUCAAUAAUCGUAAAAAUUGACAGAAAAUAGAAAUCCGAAAAACUAACCAACAUCUGGUGAGGCGUUCAAAUCUGAAUAAAUUGUUAGCUUACGUCUCUUCUUCGGGUAGGGCAAUAAAAAAUUAUACCUUCUCUUAUCUUUGUAUUCAGAGCCCAUCACCUUAUCGUGCAUUAAUUUUGGAUUCCUUUUUUUUUUGUUUUUGUCUAUUUCUAUGCUGUUUACAUCAACCAUUAAAGAAAAUACGACUGUAUGACAAUUAAAAAGAACGUCUGAAGGGGGAUAAAAGUGGUGAUCAAAUAAUGUACAAAGGUUGUGUAAUCAAAAAAUAUAUGACUCAACUGUAAUGAUUUAAUAAACGCAAAAUAAAAUAAAUAUCCCAACGUAAUUUUUUUUAUCUCGUUUUUCUACCAAAUUUUUUCAACGUUCAUUAAUUUCUUCAUUCCAUGUUUUGUUCUAUCAAUCGCAGCACAAUAUUUAUGAGUUAUUGAAAAGUUAUCAAGACAGAAAGAUAUGUACAGUAUAUGUAUGAUAAAGAGACAGAAGAACAACAGUUUUGCAAAAUAUAGGGAUUGAUAAAUCGAUAAAAUAAAGACGUCAUAUUUACGAAUUCAUUGGCUUAUUCAUUUAUUUAUAAUUCAAAUUAACUAAAAGACAUCCUGACCCAGGUAAACAAAGCCUUUGUACAUAAAUACAUGCUGUUUGAAUCAUAAAACGAAAACCACAAUAGAAAAACUAAUGACAAACAUAAAGACAAAGAAAAACGACGAUACACGUGUCGGCGCAAGGAUGAAUAUAGAGGCAUCCGCUUGUCAUACAUGUUAUUACGAAUUCAAUUUAAUAAUACACAUUAAUGAAUACCUAUUCAAUUUGAUUAAUUCAUUAUAAUGUUCUUUUAUAACGCAUUACGUUGCACCCCUUUUGAUCACGGGUAAUAGAGUGCUUAGUUACCUAGUAUAUUAAAAAUAUUGUGUGUAAAAAGAAGAAAAA